AUGGCAUCAGAGCUGGCAAUGAGCAACUCCGACCUGCCCACCAGUCCCCUGGCCAUGGAAUAUGUUAAUGACUUCGAUCUGAUGAAGUUUGAAGUGAAAAAGGAGCCGGUGGAGCCCGAUCGCAGCAUCAACCAGUGCAGCCGCCUGGUCGCCGGGGGAUCCCUAUCUUCCACCCCGAUGAGCACGCCUUGCAGUUCGGUUCCCCCCUCUCCAAGCUUCUCGGCGCCCAGUCCGGGAUCAGGGAGCGAACAGAAGGCGCACUUGGAGGAUUUCUACUGGAUGACCGGGUACCAACAGCAGUUGAACCCCGAAGCUCUGGGUUUUAGCCCGGAGGACGCCGUAGAGGCGCUGAUCAGCAGCAGUCAUCAGCUCCAGACCUUCGAUGGCUAUGCCAGAGGGCAGCAGUUCGGCGGCGCAGCCGGCGCAGGGGGCGCAAUGGCCGGGGAGGAGAUGGGAUCAGCGGCCGCAGUGGUGUCCGCGGUUAUCGCUGCAGCCGCAGCUCAGAACGGGGCUCCCCACCACCACCAUCAUCAUCAUCACCACCACCACACAGGGGCACACCAUCCCUCCUCCGGUUCUCAGUCCAGCGGCGGCGCGGGGGGAAACCACCAACACAUGCGCUUGGAAGAGCGGUUCACGGACGAGCAGUUGGUGACCAUGUCGGUGCGGGAACUGAACCGGCAGCUCCGGGGGGUCAGCAAAGAAGAGGUGAUCCGUCUGAAACAGAAGAGGAGGACGCUAAAGAACAGAGGCUAUGCCCAGUCCUGUCGGUACAAGCGGGUCCAGCAGCGGCACGUUUUGGAGGGAGAGAAGACGCAACUCAUGCAGCAGGUGGACCACCUCAAGCAGGAGAUCUCCCGGCUGGCCAGGGAGAGGGACGCCUACAAGGAGAAAUACGAGAAGCUGAUCAGCACCGGCUUCAGAGAAAACGGAGGAUCCAGCAGCGACAACAAUCCUUCUUCCCCGGAGUUUUUCAUGACAUCAAGAAAAUUCCUCCACCUGUGAUAGAGAGCUGUGCCCUCUCGGCCCCACCACCCUGGAGUCUGAGAUAUCAUGACACUGGAAUGCUGUUUCAAGAACAACCUGCAGCAUCCGGACUGCCACAAAGCACAAUGUCUCAAAAGCAGC